AUGAAAGCCCUCCUCUCCCUCCCCGUCCUUCUCAUUGGGCUAUGCAGCUUCGUCCUCUGCACCCCCACGCCACUAUCCCCGCGCGCCGCUGCCGACACCGUCGCUCCCGUAGCCUCCCUCUCGAAACUCACCUUCGGCGGCCCCGGCUGCCCCCAGACCGGCGGCGAACCAUGGGUCUACGGCACACCCACGCAGAACCUCACGAUCGUAUUCGCGAGCAGCGCGUUCCAGGCGUCGAUCUCGGGGGACACGACUACGCAGCGCACGUACUGCCAGAUCAACCUAGCGAUCACGCAUGCGGCGGGGACGCAGUACGCGGUCGACCGCGAGCACUUCGGCGGCCUCGCGAAUCUUGAGGAGGGGGUGCGCGGAAGGCAUAGGAUCUCUUACUACUUCUCCGGAGAGCUCGAGACGGUCGCUAGUGAGGUCGAGUUCGGGGGGCCGCUGCAGAGGGAGUACGAGCUUGAUGAACAGGUGGAGGAGCUGUGGUCGUCGUGCGGACAGGGCGCGGGGCUGAAUGUUAACUCGGAGGUUUAUGUCACUAGCAAUGGGGUGAAGGGCAAGAGGGGUAUCAUGACGGGCGACUUUGGUGGGAACGCGCUGUUUGAGCUGCAUUUGAAGUGGAGGGCCUGUUGA